GACCAUUCAGAAGUGGAAAACACUAAUUUAAAGAACUACUUCUCUAACUAGUCAAGGGGCGAUGUUUGGAUGUUACUAAUUUCCACUUACGCGAGUAUUUACCAAAAGAAAAUUCACAAAUUUAUGCCCCACUGCAAAUUACUUGGUCUGCUCACGUACCCAGUCAUUCACAUGGGAGCUUGGCAUCCAUGACAGGCUUUAAGGCAAAGGGCUUUCAAAGCCGACAUUGAUGACGAACAAAAGAUCUAUAGAUUUUGUCUGAAUGAAAAGGAAACCAAAUUCUGCAAUUCAAUUCUGAAUCAAAAGGCCUCGGUAAGUAGAGAUCGCAGAGGGAUAUGGAGAAAGUGUCUCUGUGGUGGGACAUGGCUGGCUGCCCCUUGCCAGCCCACAUGGAUCCUUUCGUAGUAAGGUCGAUGGCAAACAGUUUGCUUGAAAGUUUUAACUUACGUGGGAGUGGGAUUGGCCAUCAAUUUACUGCUUACAAGUACCCAUCUGCCAACGAGGAUGAUAUUGAGCUUGGCCAGACUAUGUUUAAUUCUGCAAUCCACCUGCAACUGGUUCAGCCUGCGCUGGUAGGUAAUAGCAAUGAAAUUGAGAAAAUGAUAACGGCAGACAUGCUCCUGUGGGCUAUAGAUGUGCCCCCACCGGGGGAUAUAAUUCUCAUUAUAGGGAAUGUGGAUUUUUCCUAUGCGAUUCGCAAGCUUCGGGAGAGAUCUUAUAAUGUGUUCUUGGUCUGUUCUUCUAUUGUUCAAGUGCCUCCUGGUAUGUUAUCUGCAGCAAAUGACUGCUUGGGAUGGUUACCUUUUCUGCAUUUGUUAGAACAGAAUGAAGAAAAGUUGCAGUUUCCCAGCAAUGUCCAGGGGUGGGGUCCAGAGUAUUAUCAGGCUUUCUCUCCUGCCUACAAAAGGUCUUCAUCUACUGUUAGUAGCAAGGAGUGUGAAGAAUAUCAGACCAGAUCUAGUUUUGGUUAUAUUUCUGAGAAUUCUUUCACUGGCCAAUCAUCAUUCAAUGAUGGAUGGGAUUCAAGCCAAUUCAGUGUUCCUCCAUUAUAUGAUGCUGCCACAGCAAGAGUGCAGCAGCCACAAGGACCUGGUUUUCAGGGGCAUGGUAAUAAAAGCACUGUGAAUCCAAUGGAUCAUGCAGAAAACAAAAGGGAGCAUAAGCGACCUACAGAUACCAAGCCUAAGAAAAAGGUAGCUUCAAUGGGUGAAUUUAGGGCAUGGCUUAGACAAACUGUAAAUAGCAAAGAGAACGAGAAUGGCUAUAAUAUUUCACCCAUUCGCAAGGACUUUGAGAAAGCAAGUGGGAAGAUCCUGGAUUUUGCCUUCCUUGGGUUUCCUAAGGUAUUAAAUCUGCUAGAUCAAUGCAAGGGUAUAGCAGAGGUCAAGGAAGUGAAAAAGGGAUGCCAUUUGGCUUUUCCUGUUAAAACAAUUAAAGAAAAUCCCCAUAAAUUGAAGAAACCAAACCCUAACCCUAAACCUACAAGGGAAAAGCCUGAGAAUUCACGGGCUGGAAUGAAUACUAAUGAAGCAGAACAUAAAUCAAUGCCAAAAGCUUCAGAAAGGGAUUUUUAUUUCUUCUUAUUGCAAAUGGUGAGCACAGGUGAAUUUGCACAGGGGUUCCUAAUGUCCCAACUUCGUCAAAAAUUUGAAUCUAUUUCUGGAAAGUGUCUGGAUGUACAGCACCUAGGAUACCAGAAACUAACCAACCUUGUUGAAGUAUAUAGUAAUCUUGUAUCAUUGGAUAAAACAGGGGGUGGACAUCAGCGGGUUUAUCCUGCAGGUUCUGUCAGGGAGACAGUUCUCAAUCCGAACCUCUGUAGAGCAAGUGAAGAAAUCCCUUUCAAUAUGGUUGAUAAUGUUACUGAGCAGGAAGCAAAACUGGAGAUGGACCACCCUUCUACUAGUAUAAGUGUCCAGGCAUCAGAGAAUAACGCUUGGAAGGACAGUCUCUCUUGCAAGAAUUUAUACAACCUGGACUCUGAGUUGGAUGUUGCCGAAAGAGAAUGGCCAUCCAUGGGUUUAUACACAUCACCAUUUGUGAGUCUUACUGCUACAGAACCAUUCACGGGUCUCAACAAGGUCAAUGUUUGUAAGCAGGAAGCAAAAGCAGAGGUAGACAAUCCUUCUGCUCAUGGAAGUAUCCUGGCACCAGAGAAUAAAGCUUGGAAGGACAACAUUUCUUACAAGCUUUUAUCUUACCCAAACUCUGAGUUGGGUGUUACAGAAAGCGAAUGGCCAUCCACAUUGCCAUUUGUGAAUUCUACUCUGACAGAACCACUUAUGGGUUUUCAAGACUAUAGCAACAAGUCAGAUUCCUCUGGCACUCCUCAAGGAUCGCAGGUUAGUGAAUUGGAGGGACAAUUUUCUAAUAUGAUUAGUGAAUAUUCAUCACGUGCUGAUUCUUGCCAGCUAGAAAGAUCCGAGUAUGUUAAACAAUCCCUUUCAAGUUUACAGAGUGAGGAGUAUAUGUCUAUUGGGAAUACUACUAACGCUGAAACCUUGCAAAACAUGAGAGAAAAUAAACUUUUUUGCAAGGAAGUUAUCAGAAGCAGUGAAACUGCUACAAAUCAGAACUCUUCAUGUAGCAUUUCUUUUGGCAGAGAGCUUUUGGAUUCUGUUUCUACACAAUUGGAGCCACCACUGAAGGAGUCAGAAGCGACUUGUAACAUACCUCUGGCUCCCAGUCCUUUGCAAAGCUUGCCACAAGAGAGUGUUGUUUGCUCAAAAACUUCUCAGGAUGAAACAAGAUUGGACUCCAAACAAAGUGAGCAAAACACAAAAAGUGCUGUAAAUGAAGAGGGAAAUGUUCAUACUAUCGUUUCACCAGCAGAAUCAAUCAUACAAGUUGCUGGAAGGGGGCUGAAAAGCAUUUAUGACUUCUCAAUAUGGAGAAAGGGUCAGUGAAAUGAGAACCUGGCAGUAAAUAGAUUUCAGACUGGAGUGCCAUGUUAAUUGAGCCAUUAUUAUGUCAUCCUUGCGCUGAUGAAGAAACUGUACAAAUUUUGCAUCCUUGGCUCUAUUGUACACUUUUGAUUAUACUAUAUAUGUGUUGAAAUUUGAAUAAUCUAUGUUUAUUGAGUUUUGUUGUUUUGACUGUUGCCUGUCAAAUAUAACUCAUGAAGUCAAUAUAAUUUUUGAGACUGUUUUCUAGGAGCUUA